UGUGAGUGUGGGCGCAUUGAGCACAUCCACAGUAGGAGUAGUCUUGUACCUGAGCUACGUUUAAAUGAACGUCGCGCGUCGCGUUGAUUGAAGAAAUCUGGUGUCGCGUAAAUAUGUGACGUCGUGAUUGUUUGUAAGUUGAAGUAUUAAUAAUGCAGGCGUACAAUGCAUGUUUUACGCAUUGAGCUCCAUUCGUGCUGAGCACGGGACCCCUGCCGGCCUACAGUAUCCGUGGACGCGCUAAUCGCUUAGUCACGGCGCACGUUGCCGCCGACUCGCACCACGCCAUCUGUGAUAAAACUUACUUAUUCUUAUUUGUUCUGAUAAGUGAUGUGAUAUAUUAUCUGUGAUCAUGGGUUUUUUAGACGGUAUAUCUUUUUCUGUGUUCAAAAAGUGUCCCAAUCUCAAACUUAAAAGGAGCAACAGAACACGCAAAAGGUAUGGAUCUGAGACACGGCCUGGCGAAGCGGUUGGUGCUCGAGUUCUCCGGUCCACGCCCGACUGGGGAGAAGGAGCAAUCAGCGGCGAGCACCUCUGGUCACCCACCUCGGUAUCAGGCGAUUGUUGUUAUGUCGGAGAUGCAGAAUGUCAGAAACAUGGAUCCAGAAUGAAGUGUUCAGCUUGUAAGAUCAUCGCGCAUACGGCGUGCAUUGACAUCCUUAUGGACAGAGUCCAAUUCACAUGCAAGCCUACAUUCCGCGACGUGGGUGUACGUCAGUAUCGCGAGCAGACUGUCACGCAUCACCACUGGGUACAUCGCCGCUCUGAGAAGGGCAAGUGCAAGGCUUGCGGCAAGUCGUUCUGGCGUCGCUGCUGUCGGUGGUGCAUACCAACAAGGGGCUCCAUAGACACGGCUAUGCAACUACACAAUGGUGAUAUGAACCAUUCGCUGCAGGCAAAACUCUCCUUCAGCUCUAAAGAGAUCGUCGCUCUGAGUUGCUCCUGGUGUAAAGACGCCUACCACAACAAAGAAAGCUGUUUUAAUCUUCAGCGAAUAGGGGAAGAAUGCUCAUUAGGUUCACAAUCAAAUAUAACAGUACCACCUUCGUGGAUUGUUAAAUUGCCCAGAAGAGGGAGUUUUAAAUCGUCGCUAAGAAAAUCCCCGAAAAAGAAAAGUGCCUCUAAAAAGAAAGGAAAGGAGUCGAAAAACGAACAGAGAACUUUCGUUAUUAAGCCCAUACCGACAACGAACGUAAAACCGGUGUUGGUUUUCAUUAAUCCGAAGAGCGGCGGCAAUCAAGGGGCCAAAUUACUUCAGAAGUUCCAGUGGUUAUUAAAUCCUCGACAGGUGUUCGAUCUCACACAAGGUGGCCCUGGGCCCGGAUUGGAAUUAUUUCGUAAAGUACCCAACUUGAGGGUAUUAGCGUGCGGCGGAGACGGCACUGUUGGAUGGGUGCUCAGUGUACUUGAUCGCAUCGGCUCACGUCCCGCCGUUGGAGUCCUGCCUCUCGGCACAGGGAAUGACCUCGCACGAGCACUUGGGUGGGGAGGGGGUUACGAAGAUGAACCUAUAUCGAAAAUUCUCGCCAAUAUUGGAGAAAGUGACACAGUAUUGUUGGACAGAUGGCAACUGACAGUGGAACCAAACACUUCGGCAUCAGGCGAGGACACCAUUAAUGCGAAACCAGAGCUGCCACUAAAUGUAGUCAAUAAUUACUUUUCGUUUGGCGUUGAUGCUCACAUCGCUUUGGAGUUUCACGAAGCUAGGGAAGCCCAUCCUGAGAAGUUCAAUUCUCGAAUUAGAAACAAGUUGUUCUACGGAACGGCAGGAGGGAAGGAUCUCAUGCAGCGCAAGUGGAAGGGGCUUGCCGAAUUUGUCACUAUGGAGUGUGACGGGAAAGAUCUCACACCAGUGCUCAGAGAGCAUAAAGUACAUGCUAUAGUUUUCUUAAACAUUCCAAGUUACGGGGGUGGCACUCACCCUUGGAAUAAGUCUGGAGGAGCUGUUGAGCCCUCUACUGAAGAUGGAUUAAUAGAAGUAGUAGGAUUAACCACAUAUCAAUUGCCUUUAUUGCAAGCCGGGGGUCAUGGUACCUGUAUAACUCAAUGCAAGACUGCUAAAAUAGUAACUACAAAAGUUAUUCCGAUGCAAGUAGACGGCGAGGCUUGUCGACUGGCACCUUCAAUCAUUACAUUGUCUCGUCUCAAUCAGGCAACGAUGCUCGCUAAAAGAAAACCUGGGAGGAUUAUAGCACCUCAAACAACAUUAGACAAACUAACGCUGACAGUGAAUCUCAUUACUAUGGCCGACUACGAAAGGCAUCAUUAUGACAAGGAACUACUCGCCAAGACAGCCGAACGUGUGGGCUCUUUUGAUGUGAAUCCCGCAACUGACUUGGAGCAAAUACGUACCCUCAUUCAAAACAUGAUCAAAGAAUCUCAACAGUACUCCAACCUUGUUGACUGGUGGUUUGUUGACUCCGUAACAGCAGAACGAUUUUUUAGAAUCGACAAAGCCCAGGAGAAUCUUCAUUUCCCAGCAGAUAUUGGACAUGAGAACAUUUACAUACUCGAUGCGGCGCCACACACGCCCGACACCGAAACCACAGCUCAGCCAGACACUACUGCCUCACUCGACAGGACCGGUCCCUCAGUUUCUCUGGAUACAACUACCGGAUUGUCCGUGUCAUUGGAUAUCUCACAAAGUGUUGAUACGCCCAGUGCCGGAGUUUCGCUGGAUGUACCAGAAUCUCAUGCAAGCGAAUCCGGUUUUGGUAGUCCUGCGAGAACGUCAGAAGACCAAUUGACCCCACAGACCCCUCCCCCCAUAUACUCUGUCUCGGCUCCUGCAACUAAAACCUCUGCUCCUCCAACACCAAAGACAAUACCCCCAUCUCCCCCUAAAGUUCCUGUAGUGACCCAAGAGCCUAACUCUCCGCCGUUGUGUACCAGCCCACCAGCCAAAGAUAUUCGACCAACACGCGAGUCCAUCGCCCGAUUCAAAACAAAUUUGUUAGAAAAAACAUCCGACGCACUACUAAAAGCAGCGAAAGUGGGCGAUUUGAAACUGAUGAAAGAGCUUCAUGCGGCCGGCUACUCGUUACUCUCGAUCGAUGCCAGCGGACAGACAGCAUUGCAUAUUGCAGCCCGAUACGGGAACAAAGAGAUAAUUAAAUAUCUGAUAGCGUGCGCUCCCACCGCCAUAUUGAACAUGAGAGACAACGAACGCGGUCAGACAGCUCUGCACAAGGCGGCGGCGCAUCGACGGCGCGCGGUCUGCUGUAUGCUGGUAGCAGGCGGUGCUUCUCUGACGCGCGCCGACCACGCAGGUCUGACGCCGCGGCAUCUCGCGCUUCGGGCCGACGAUCACGACCUCGCCGCCUACCUUGAAAGUCAAGAACAUUUCCAAUUAGUGUCCGAAGACUUAGAAACUGCUGUUUGAACGAGGAAGUUCCGAAAACAAUCACUAACCAUUCAUGACCUCACAUGUCACCGUGAGUAACGUUACUCCACUUACGGAGUCUACUAAGUAAAGAUUAGUCAACUGUCUAUCCACAGGGAUAUUUCGAUUAUAUGAAUAUGUUUUGUUACUUACAUAGGAGCUUCAUUGUUUGUCAUUUAAAUAUUUCCAAUUAAUGUACUUAUAAUUAGACUGCAUACUUCGAAUUAAUUAUUAAGGGCAUAUUUCAAUGAGCUAAUCAAUCAGUUAAGGUUAACGAUUCAAACAUCUAAGUAAUUCGUUUGUUACAAUAAUUACGAAUUUGGAUUAUUCAUUUUAAAACUUUUAUGCCGUCUAGGGCUCGCUUGCAUCAAUUUACAAAUAGGUAAUGUUCUGCAUCUUGUUAUUCAUCAAAUUUGAAUGCUUCUCAUCUGAGUAGAGAUUGAGUAGGUUUAAUGGGUUCUUAAUAUACCUAUUAAUCGUCGGUAACGAAGAGACUUUUCUUCGUGCAUUUUUAUCAUUCUUCGUGCAUUUUUAUCAUAAACCAAAGUAUUGUAUGUAGAAUCCAAUCAAUUGUUUUUUCAUAAUGAAUGCUCCAAAUAUAGAAGAUACAUAAUCGCGCUUAAAUAUUAAAAUAGAUUGGAUCCACUUAAAAUUGAUGUAGAUCGUCUUAAACAUUAGCUUAAUUUCAUUAUGGCAUUCGUGUGUAAUUAGUAGUUUUUUUUUUUUCUGCAGUAAUCGUGACGUGGCAAUUGAUAAAACAUUUAAUGGAUGUUUAGGAACAAAUCCCUAUUUUAUGAUCUUAAAGUUUAUGCAAGUAUUUUUCAGAUUAGACACUCAUACACUCACUGUUGUAUUCAAAUCGAUAUAGUUAUAUGUAAUUCUAAGAAUUUUUGAUUCUCUAUCUUUACAUAUAUUCUAUAUUCACAGAAAAAUGGCACCAGAUACUAAUAAUUUAUAAAUUUAUAAAUAAAAUAUACGACUAUUUUCCGAAAACUUCACUUCACUUUGACAACUAGUUCGUAAUUAAAGUCUCUAUAAAAUUGUUAUAAAUGUAUAACGUUAUUAAAUUUUAUUUAGCAAUAACUCCUGAAAUAUAAUAACUCCUGAAAGUGUGUAUAGUAUUUUUUACUUUCGUGUAAAAUCUUAGUCUUGUAAAAAAAUAAACAUCUAUUUUCUGUCUUUUAACCUUAUUCCAAGUGCUUAAGAAGUAAGAAAAAGUUAACUAUUAACCUUCAUUUCUUGGCUGGCUUGUUUUUAUCAUAUAUCCUUAAGAUUACGUGGUCGCAGGUUCCGCGAGGAAUUGUUUGAGAUAAACCCGUCAACUCCUUGCUAUUGCAACUCCAAAGUAGAAUUAAUGGCGGAAACCGCUGAAUUCGUCCACAUUAGGUUCUCAAGUCUGCAUUCUCUCCAAAACGAAACGCAAGAGUUUUUAGCAUCAGAAAUAAGUACGUAUUAACUUCUGCUAAUAUAACAACGACAACCGGUACUAUUGGGUAUAAAAAUUAGAGGCUGACUGAGCUAGAAAUAUGAAGUGAGAAUUUAGUUGUUUAUUAAUGGAUGUCUGGGAAGUAGGAAUAGCUCGUAAUAAUGGGAUUCACCACAUCUGCUAAUUUAUAGUCGAACAGCUUUAUAAAAUAGGAUUCACUGGCUUUAAAAUAACAAAAGAGAACAUUUUUUUCCUUUCGGUAUUUUACCUUGUUUAUUUCCGCGAUCGAAGCUCUGAAACUAUUUGUAAACGUUCAUAUCAGUGGAGAGUACUUAUCGUAGGGACGCUUAGCAACUAAAUCUUUCGACAAUGGGAGGCUUCCACUCGCCCUUUCUGUCUAUUGUUAUUUAUUAUCGUAUCCAAUAAUGUUCGAUUUAUUUGUUGUCUAGCUGUUCACAAGUAGGACAAGUUAUUGUUGUUUACGACUAUUUAUGUCUAUACUUCUAUGUGUAGUAAUAAUUUAGUGUUUAACGAAUUUACUCGUAGGUACUACUCGCUGUAGAGCGAACAAUGAAAGACAAAGCUGUGAGAAUUUCGAUCGUAAUGUAAAAAGAUAGUUAUUUUAUCGUAAGAGUAAACAUUGUACCCUAAAGAUGUUUUGUGAAUUUCUUAAUUAAUGUGUAGGUUAAUUAUGUAGUCGUUAGGUUAAUGAUUUUGAAUUGAAUGAAAUGAAAUCUGAGUUGUGAGAUUAAUGGAAUUAGAUCUUAAUUUAGACAAAACCUCUUCGAUCGAUAUACGUUACGAAUUUUAUGAUCGUUCCGUGCUAUAUAGAACGUCGCGUGUGUACUUACUGAAAUAAUGAUGGCUUUCCUUUGCCCCUAGCGCCCCUUGCCGAUAAAACAAACGAGACAAACUCUACUCACUAUUUAUACAUGUAACUAGUUACGCGAAUUUAGCGAAUUAGACAUUUUAGAAGCUUCACAGUAUAUUAUAUUUAUUCACUAACCUUAGGACAAUUGAGUCGUCUAUUAUCAAAGGUGGCAAUCUGUGCAUUUGGACAAAAAAAUGUUAUUGAUAUGUC